CGAACCCUAAAACCGGAACCGCGCGCCACCAAACCGGGUCGUCGGAGCUCGAAAGAUCGCGCCUUUCUUCAACCAGCGAGGAGCUCGAGCAGAAUCCGAAGGUGGGUCGUGGCCGAUGUCGGGGAACGAGGUGGAGUUUGCAGACGACGCGAGCCACGACGCCCCCCGCAUCCGCGGCCGGCACAUCAAGAAGCGAGCCCUCAAGAACAAAGCUCUCGCGGUCGCAUUCAACGAGAAAGACCUCAGGGACUAUGUGACGGGGUUCCACAAGAGAAAGAAGAAGAGGAGAAAGGAAGCGGAAAAGAAGCAAGAAGAGGCGGCACGCCGCAAGCGAAUCGAGCAGCGAAAGAAGAGAAAGCUAGAAAGAGAGCUUGCAUAUUAUGAUGGAGGUCCUCCCUCCAAUGACACUGAACUUGAUGAAAACAAUGAGCUCUUAGAGAAUGAUGAGGAAACGGAGCCCCGUAUAUCUACAUCAGGAAUGGCAGUAUAUGAUAAUGGAGACAUGAAGGUCACUGUGAAAACAAGUGAGAUCGCCCCGGACGAAGAAAAUGAUCCCAUUGAGAAGUCAUGGACCAACAAAGCUACUGGAGCUGAUAAAGGGCACGGUGUACCUGUGAAUAAGAAAUCAUUCAAGAAAGUGACAAAACAUAAAUCACAGAGAAAGGUGCAGAAUAAGAAGGGGAGAAAUAAGGGCAAGAAAAAGGACAAGAAAAAGGACAAGAAGACACGCUAGCUCUUUGUUGCCAGUCUCCAUCUAAACCCAUGCGAGAUUGAUGUGGCUGCUUUUGGCUGUAUAGAAAUCCUGGUGGGGCAAAGGUUUUGUCUACAAGCCCACCAGUUACAUAACUGCUAAGUGCCGACCUCCCUUCAUGAUCAUGGAUGCAUUUCUCUGUAAGCUAGUUUUCCCGGCUGUAGUAUAUUUCUUGGUCACUUUUCUUCAACAAAAUAGUGUAUUUAGAAACAUGUUAGAACCUUCAUCUUCUUUUGUUGGGAAGUCCAAUCUAAUAUUACUUAUGCUUCAUGCAACAUGAUGACUAGACGUACUUGGUUAACAAA